AUGGAGUUAAAGGUCUGGGUCGAGGGAAUACAAAGGAUUGUUUGUGGAGUGACGGAAACUACCACUUGUCAGGAUGUAGUAUUUGCUUUGGCCCAUGCCACUGGUAAAGUCGGCAGAUUUACAUUAAUAGAGAGAUGGCGAAAUAAUGAACGUUUGUUAGCACCACAGGAGUAUCCUUUAAAGAUAUUGAUGAAAUGGGGUGAAUACUCAAAUGACAUACAGUUUAUAUUAAGAAGAUCUGACAACAGCAGCAACAACCAAAAACCACAACUUACUCUUAAUCAUUCUAGGUCACCUAUUGGAAAUGGGAGCCAUAACACUAACUCAGUACCAGAUAAGCAAACUUCACCAAGUCAGGUGAACACUGUCCCUACACUUAAUGUAAAUAAUACUUCUCCCAGCAAUCCUGUGGGUGUGGUAAAAGGGGUACAACAAGCUAAGCCCCCUGAAUCUAAUAGUCCAGUGCUUAAAGAUGUCCCACCUUAUAGAGACCCACCACCACCAUAUAGAUCGCCCCCACCACCUUCAGUAAGGAAAUCUCCAAAUCGUACCAUUCACAGACCUCCCAUGUCACCCGUGAACUUGACUGAACAAGAGGAACGAGGUCCGGAGGCAGUAAGCUACAAUAACCAGUACAGAGAGCUGGUGUCGCUGGUGAAUUACCAGAGAGAGAAACUGUCAAGUCAACAAGUUGAUCUUAUUAAGUAUGAUGCGGAAAUUGGUUACUGGGAGAAUAAAGGAAGAGAACAAGAACGACAGGUGGAGUUACUGCAGCAACAAAUUAGCUCAGCCGACAAUCAACUACGCAUUAGCACUGAACAGGUACAAGCAUUCAAUUAUGUGGAAGAGGAGAGUGAAAUAGUCAAACAAAAUGAGAAAACAUUGAAAUCAGAAAUAGUUUUAGUGCGAUCCAAACUUGCAAACUGUGAAACUGAGUUAUUGCAAUGCAAAAACAAAAUUCGCAAAUUAAUGGAGGACAUACACAAUGAACAGCGCGUCAUCAAUAGCCGCCAGCAAGAGAAUAGGCAAGCCCUAGAAAGAUCAAUGCUAGCAGAGAUGGAGAAUUUACAAACUCAGAUACAGCAAGCUAAACAUGCCACCGAAAUCAACCACUUGACUGCAGAAAAUUUGAAAAGAGAGGUGGGUGUUUUGGAGAGUGCGAUAAUGGAAAAGAAACGUCAAGUAGAGCGCUUAGUGCAGGAGAUGAAAGAAGCAAACCUACAAAGUCUCACCGGCAGUGUGGACGAGUUGAGACAUCCUCUUGACGGUUUAUGCAAGGCAGGUAGUGCUCGUAGAAUAAUAGGAUCACCGAGACAGCUAGAAAAUGCUGCACCUACUAAUAAAAAUCCUCAUGGAGUUUGGGUG